AAAAUCGGUAUUGAAGAAAAGCAGAGCAUCGAUGACGGCAUCGGUUUGCCAGACUGGAAGCUGACGUUAUGCCUGUUACUCGCGUGGGGCUGCAUAUUCGCCGUGCUGGCACGUGGAAUGAAGAGCUCAGGGAAAGCGUCCUAUUUCCUCGCGAUCUUUCCUUACAUCAUAAUGAUAAGUUUGUUGGUCAGAGCGGUAACCCUGGACGGUGCCGUAAACGGGAUCAUUUUCUUCAUCAAACCCGACUGGGACAAGUUGUUCGAUGCCCACGUGUGGUACGCGGCUGUUACGCAGUGUUUCUUUUCACUGUCGGUCUGCUUCGGUGGUGUCGUCAUGUAUUCCUCGUACAAUAACUUCAGACACAAUAUAUACAGAGACGUCAUAGUUGUGACCACGUUGGACACGUUCACCAGUUUAAUGGCCGGUUUCACCAUUUUUGGUAUCCUUGGAAAUUUAGCUCACGAACUGGGCACCGAGGACAUCAGUAACGUUGUCCGCGGUGGAACCGGUCUUGCUUUCGUCUCUUAUCCAGAUGCUAUUGCGAAGUUUACUGUACUACCGCAGGUAAGGAAUCUAGUACGCGUUUAAUUGCCUUGUAGCCACUUCUACACAAUUUU